AUGACGCUCGACGGUACAUCCUCCUCUGCGCUGCACAUCAGCUACCCAGCUACCAGCGCAGUCACAUCGCGCACCACCAGCCGCGUAUCCGUGCAUCCAGUCGCCCUGUUCAGCAUCCUCGACCACUACCUCCGUCGCAGCGACCCCGAACCCGCUGCACCAAAGCAAGCGGGCGAUCAGGAUGGCGCAACAGCAGCAGCAGCAACACCACCACCACCACCAUCAUCGAAGCCCUCUGCUGCCGCUGCUAGCAGCACCACCGCAGCGAACCCCACUCGGGUCAUCGGCACGCUGCUGGGCACGCGCGUAGAGAACGAGGUGGAGAUUAGGAAUUGCUUUGCAGUGCCUCACCACGAGACGGAUGAGCUGGUGCAGGUGGACAUGGACUAUCACCGUCAGAUGCUCGAACUGCACCAGCGCGUCAAUCCGGAAGAGAUCAUCGUCGGAUGGUGAGUGGUGGGGGCAGUCGCUCUGGAGCGCACGCACGCACGCACGCACGCACGCACGCACUUCAUCCGCGCCGCUCAUCGCAACCCACACGCCCCACGUUCCACGUUCGCGCCCGCGCAGGUACGCCACAGGCCCAUCGCUCAAUACGUACAGCUCCCUCAUUCAAGACUUUUACUCUCGCGAGACGCUGCCCAACCAGGCAGUGCACCUCACAGUCGACACGGAUGUCGCCAAGGCCAACACUGGCGUCAAGGCAUACGUCAGGUGAGCACGCGCAACGUCGCACCAUGUAUGCGCAUCAUCACGCUCACCCCGCGCGCACUCGCACUCGCACUCGCACUCGCACUCGCACUCGCACUCGCAGCGCACCCCUCGGACUCACACCAAAAGCAGAGAGCGCUGUCUUUGUGCCUCUUCCCGUCACCCUGCUAUCCUCGCUGGCCGAAAAGCCUGCCCUCUCCUUGCUGGCCAGCACCACCGCGCCUCAGCAGCAGCACGGAGGAGGCGUGAUGCUGUCAGACAUGGACGCGCUAGCAGCUUCGCUCAGACAAGUGCAGAGCCAGCUGUCCCGCGUACUGCAGUACGUUCGCGAUGUCAUCGACGGAAAGAGAAAGGGCGACCCGGUGGUGGGCAGGUAUGUGAUCGAUGCAGUGUCCACCGUUCCCAUCAGCAGUUCCAGCGCCACAACCCAAGACGGUGCAUCACAGCUCGAAUCGCUGUUCAACAGCCAUCUUCAGGUGAGCCAGGGCGAGCGAGGCGACAAUGCUUCUGCUGCUCGUGCUGACGUGCUGUCCCCCGCCUAUCGCUCCUGCUGACGUGCUCUUCCCACGCCUCACAGGACGUGCUCAUGAUCUCUUACCUCGCCAACGUCGUCCGUGCACAAGCAGAAGUAUCCGCCAGACUUGCCAUCCUCACUUGA